CGGCGAGCGGGGGUCCUCCCUGGCGGCCGCCGCUGAGCCCCCGCGGGGCCCGUGACGCCGCGGCCGAUGUGGCCCCGCGCGCGCUGCGGGCCUGCACCGCCGCCUCACAAAGACGCCGCCGGAGCCGCCGCCCGCAUCCGAGCCGCAGCAGCCGCGGGAGCCCGAGCCGGAGCCGCAGGCGCGGGGCAGGAGGCGGCGCCCGCGGGCGGCCGGCCGGCCCCGGCAUGGAGAAGCGGGCGGCCGCGGGGCCGGAGGGGGCGCCGGGCGCCCGGACGCAGCUCGCUGUCGUCUGCCUGGUGAACAUUGUUCUUACCGGGCGGUUCAGCAGCGCCGUUCCUGCCUUAGGUGAAGCCAGCGCCUCUCAGCCUCCUCUCCUGACAGCCGCCUGCAGCGGGCAGCUGGAGCGGCACACUGCACGCCGCGGCGUCAUCUACAGCCCGGCCUGGCCCCUCAACUACCCGCCGGGCACCAACUGCAGCUGGUACAUACAGGGCGACCGUGGGGACAUGAUCACCAUCAGCUUCCGCAACUUUGACGUGGAGGAGUCCCACCAGUGCUCCCUGGACUGGCUCAUGCUGGGCCCCGCAGCCCCGCCCCGCCAGGAGGCCUUCCGGCUCUGUGGCUCUGCCAUCCCGCCCGCCUUCAUCUCUGCCCGGGACCACGUCUGGAUCUUCUUCCAUUCCGACACCUCCAGCUCUGGCCAGGCCCAGGGCUUCCGUCUCUCCUACAUCCGAGGGAAGCUGGGCCAGGCAUCCUGCCAGGCUGACGAGUUCCACUGUGACAACGGCAAGUGCCUGCCGGGCCCUUGGCAGUGCAACACCGUGGACGAAUGUGGCGAUGGCUCGGAUGAGGGCAACUGCUCGGCGCCCGCCUCAGAGCCGCCAGGCAGCCUGUGCCCCGGGGGCACCUUCCCCUGCAGCGGGGCGCGCUCCACGCGCUGCCUGCCCGCCGAGCGGCGCUGCGAUGGCACUCAGGACUGCGGCGACGGCUCGGACGAGGCCGGCUGCCCCGACCUGGCCUGUGGCCGGCGGCUGGGCAGCUUCUACGGCUCCUUCGCCUCCCCAGACCUGUUCGGCGCGGCCCGCGGGCCCUCGGACCUUCACUGCACGUGGCUGGUGGACACGCAGGACCCGCGCCGCGUGCUGCUGCAGCUGGAGCUGCGGCUGGGCUAUGACGACUACGUGCAGGUGUACGAGGGCCUGGGCGAGCGCGGGGACCGCCUGCUGCAGACGCUCUCCUACCGCAGCAACCACCGGCCCGUGAGCCUCGAGGCCGCCCAAGGCCGCCUCACCGUGGCCUACCAUGCCCGCGCCCGCAGCGCCGGCCACGGCUUCAAUGCCACCUACCAGGUUAAGGGCUACUGCCUCCCGUGGGAGCAGCCGUGCGGGAGCAGCCGCGAGGGCGAUGCGGAGGACCCGGGCGAGCAAGGCUGCUUCUCGGAGCCGCAGCGCUGCGACGGCUGGUGGCACUGUGCCAGCGGCCGAGACGAGCAGGGCUGCCCCGCCUGUCCCCCGGACCAGUACCCCUGCGAGGGGGGCAGCGGCCUGUGCUAUACGCCCGCCGACCGCUGCAACAACCAGAAGAGCUGCCCCGACGGUGCGGACGAGAAGAACUGCUUCUCCUGCCAGCCGGGCACCUUCCACUGCGGCACCAACCUGUGCAUCUUCGAGACGUGGCGCUGUGACGGCCAGGAGGACUGCCAGGACGGCAGCGACGAGCACGGCUGCCUGGCGGCCGUGCCCCGCAAGGUCAUCACCGCGGCGCUCAUCGGCAGCCUGGUCUGCGGGCUGCUGCUCGUCAUCGCCCUGGGCUGUGCCUUCAAGCUCUACUCCCUGCGCACGCAGGAGUACAGGGCCUUUGAGACCCAGAUGACACGCCUGGAGGCUGAGUUUGUGCGGCGGGAGGCACCCCCGUCCUACGGGCAGCUCAUCGCACAGGGCCUCAUUCCACCCGUCGAGGACUUUCCUGUCUACAGUGCAUCCCAGGCCUCGGUGCUACAGAACCUGCGCACAGCCAUGCGGCGACAGAUGCGCAGACACGCCUCCCGCCGCGGGCCUUCCCGCCGCCGCCUAGGCCGCCUCUGGAACCGGCUGUUUCACCGGCCGCGGGCGCCGCGCGGGCAGAUCCCGCUGCUGACGGCCGCGCGCACCUCCCAGACGGUGCUGGGUGACGGGCUCCUCCAGCCGGCACCGGGGGCUGCCCGGGACUCCCCGGCACCCCUAACGGACACAAGCAGCCCGGGGGCAGCAGGGGAGGGGCCCCCCGGCGCCCCCAGCCACGCCUCGGAGGUGGGGCCUCCUGUGCCGCCCCACUCCGGCCUGCGGGACCCCUUGGAGUCCAGACCGGCUGACAAGGACAGAAAGGCUGGCAGGGACCCUCUGGUGGACAGCCCAGCCCCUGUGGACGUGCCUCAGGAGUCCUGCUCGGGCCAGGACCCUCACCCCCCGGCCCUCACUGCCGGUAGCACCCUCGGCCCCCACCCAUCAGAGCCACUGGGUGUCUGCAGGAGCCCCCCGCCACCCUGCUCCCCAACGUUGGAGGCCAGUGACGACGAGGCCCUGCUGGUCUGCUGACCCGCCGGACACGCUGAUGACCGCCACAGCCCCGCUUUGUAACCAGGGAAUACAGAGUCAUUUCUA